GCGAUUUUUCCACACGUGACCUCAACAUGUCAUCCAGCCCAAACGACUGCUUCCGAGAAUCGUGCCACCCGACUGGAUAUCAAAACAAACGGCGACACAACUUCCCUCAGCCGCUAGUUACGGUUCAGGGCAUUUCACAUGCCCUAAAUCCGGGUGACUUCUCAAGCCUCCAUCAACGAACGUACGACUUGCGGCCGGAAUGGUUCGAGGGCUUCCAACUGAACGCGUCCAAAAUACUGGCCGUCCACCGCAUCAUUCGCGCCAGCUGGAAUCUGAGUCACAUCACGCCAACCGGUUUCCGCGUGGGGGCUCAACUGCACCGGAAAUGCAGCGACAGCGUUCUGAAAACACCAAUUCUUGCGUUCGACGUAAACCCAGGCACGCUUGCUUCGAACAUCUUCCUACUGUACCGGCCGAUGGCUUCAAUCUGCGCGGAGAUGAGCGUCCAGCUGAAACCGCAAACCCAUUCAAGUCCGUUAAUUGAUACGCUUUCGCUGCAGCAUACCGGGACGCGAACCACUACCACGCUGCGCUGCUACAAGCCGACCAACCAGUCCUGUCGAAUUACGCUGGAUCACUUGAUGAGCUACAACGACCGGCUGGCAUUCGGUGCGGAACUGCUGUACGAGUGGUACCGGGAAACCACUAACGCUCAGAUGGCAAUCGCCGCCAGAUACAGUCGCGAAAAGUUCUCAUUGGCGCUCACCGGCUCCCGGGAAGCGUUUGACCUCAGCUACUGGCGAAAAGUCAACCAUAGCCUGCAAAUCGGUUCGUCACUGGCGUGCAGCCACCGGGAAGGCAAGGCCAUAGGCGCCGUUUAUUAUCGAGUAGAGCGACCCAGCUGCACCAUACGAGGCCUAUUCGAUUCGGAUUGGUCCGUCGGGUUUACGCACCAGAGGAAGCUAACAGAUAUGCCAAUUGGUAUCGGUAUCAGUCUAUUAUUCUGCAUUCCGAAAAACACAUUCCAGUGUGGAUUCAAAAUUGAUUUAGACUCUAAUUUGCUAUAAUCGGAUUCACUAUGCUUCCAUUUUCCGCGAUAUUGACGAAUAAAAGGAUAGAACAGUCAAUCGAUAAUAUAUGUAGUGGA